AUGGGCAAGUUCCUGCAUGCUUGCGAGGGAGAGAUGGUCUGCGAAUCGAUUAAUCCGAAGAUUCCGUAUUUCAACGCGCCAAUCUACCUGGAGAACAAAACCCCUAUCGGCAAGGUUGAUGAGGUUCUCGGUCCGAUCAAUCAGGUCUACUUCACCGUCAAACCUCAAGAAGGAAUCGUCGCGAGUUCAUUCAAGGCUGGCGAUAAGUUCUACAUUGGAGGAGAUAAGCUGCUGCCUAUAGAGAAGUUUUUGCCCAAGCCGAAGCCCCCGCCAGGUGCUGUUACUAAACCUAAGAAGCCUGCUGGUGCAGGUAAAGGAGCCCGCGGUGGCAGAGGAGCAGCAAGAGGUGGUGCCCGAGGCGGACGAGGAGGAGCAAGAGGCCGGGGAGGAGCAGCUAGAGGCGGCGGCCGCGGCGGAAGCGGCGGCUUCUCGAGGGGAGCAUCUAGAGGAGGUCGUGGCGGUUCCAGAGGACGUGGUUAG